GACCUGGCCAGUCUGCAGGCAGUCAGAGUUAAGGUUAAGAUGAGGCUACAGCUCUUCCUCGUACUAGUGGUGCUGACCUGUGUACUCAGCAAGCCACUGAAGAAAAAUGAAGAGCAGAAGAAGCUUCUGCUGGUGUCUUUCGACGGCUUCAGGUGGGACUACGACCAGGAUGUGGACACACCUCACCUGGACCAGCUGGUUGUGGAUGGGGUCAAGGCUAAAUACAUCACCCCCCCAAUGCUCACCAUGACCUCUCCAUCUCAUUUCACCACCAUCACUGGUAGAUGGGUGGAGGACCAUGAAGUUGUCCACAACAUGAUGUUCAACGUGACGACGAACCAGAAACUUCCUCACAAAGAAACCAUGAAGAGAUCAGAGUGGUGGGACAAUGGAGUCCUGCCGUUAUGGAUCACAGCGCAGAACCAGGGUUUGAAAACUGCUUCGUUUCAUUACCCGGGAGGCGGAGCCACCUACAGAGGUCAAGCGGUCAACAGAGUCCUAGUUGAGGAACACGGUUUCCCAGAUGAUAACGAGACAGAGUGGCGUCUGAAUAUCGAUAUGGUGAUGAGCUGGUUCUCUGAGGAGGAUUUCCACCUGGUGACGCUGUACUACGGUGAACCUGACAAUGUCGGCCAUGCCAAGGGUCCAGAUCAUCCAGACAGGAUAAAGAUCAUCCAGCAGAUUGACCGAACCAUCGGUUACCUGAGAGAGGCCAUCGAGUACCACAACCUGACAGACAGCCUAAACGUCAUCAUCACCUCUGACCACGGCAUGACCACCAUCAAGAAGCGACCUCAGGUAGACGAGAUCAUCCUCAACAAGUACCUGAAUCUACUCAAACUGGCCAGCUUUGAGAUCCUGGACUAUGGAGGGUUUGGAAUCUUGACCCCAAGGACAGGUAAAGAACAGGAGGUCAUCGACGCUUUGUCCAAAGCACCAAACCUAACGGUCUAUAGGAAGGAUGAGAUUCCUGAGAGCUUUCAUCUUGGUAAAAGUAAGCGGCUGCCUCCUGUCGUGGUCAUGGCGGAUCUGGGCUUUAACCUGAACUCUAGACUGAUCGUCUAUGUCAACAAAGGAGAUCACGGCUUCCAUAAUGGGGAAAUGGACAUGAAGACCAUCUUCAGGGCUUUCGGCCCAAGCUUCAAGAGGAACUUUGUUUCUGAGCCCUUCGACAGCAUCCACAUCUACCCUCUCAUGUGCAAACUACUUCAGGUGGAGCCAGCACCACACAACGGGUCGCUGGCGGUAACAGAGGACAUGCUGUGGUCCAGAGGAGAAUCAGCUGGAGUCUCCAUCACCCUGCUGCUGCUGCUCUCCAUGCUCUCUGUCUCCUAACUGAUCCAGGAUCAGCAGGAACAUCCGGCUAGAACCUACAUCGGACCUGCUGCUGUAUGAACUUGUUGACCUCUAAAUAAACCUGGACUCUGGGCAUUUCAGCCACUUA